CUCUUUUUUGAUUAAAUUUUUUAAAAAAGAAAAAACAAAAACUAAAAUUUUUUGCUAACAAAAUUUCUUAAAUCUUUUUUGUAAAUCUUAUUAAGAAAAACAACAAAAAUUAUUUACUUAAUUAAAACUAUAAGAUUGUUUUAUAUAUAUAUUUAUUAUAUUUAAAACUAUAAAAAAACACAAGGAGAACAAAAACAACAACAAGAAAAACAAAUUUUGUUUUGUCGUAAAAUAAGUUUGUAAAAGUUUUAUUUUUUAAAUUAAUUGUAUUAUCGAUAUUAAUGAGCAACAUGCGUCAAAAGGAUUUACGCCCCGCACCUGCUCUUAUUGAGUUUAAGGGAAUGAAGUUCCUAAUCACUGAUCGGCCAUCAGAUGUAACCAUACAUCAUUAUAUAAUGGAAUUAAAGAAAAAUAAUGUUAACACUGUGGUACGCGUUUGCGAGCCCAGUUAUAAUACUGAAGAAUUAGAAGCACAAGGCAUCACCGUUAAAGAUUUGGCAUUCGAAGAUGGUACUUUCCCGCCGCAGAAUGUUGUGGACGAAUGGUUUGAGAUUUUGAAGCAAAAUUUUAGUAAGAACAAAUCCUCUAACUCCUCUAGAGCAUCCUUUCUGAAAAGCAAACGUUUUUCUUUGAGACAUCAUAAAUCUCAUAAAACAGCUGAAACAAUCAACAACACCAACACUUGUAAUAAUACUACUAUCAAUACCACUUCUUCUACUACUACUACUACUUCAACUGCAAUUGGUACCAGUUUUAGUACUAAUUUAACCAACAACACAAAUAUUACUACUCCUCCCAUCACUACUUCAACUUCUACCAUACAUAUUUUACAAAAUAGAAAUCAAAUUAUUAGCAGUACUAGAGAUACUGAUGAUCAUGUUGAUGAUGAUGUUAAAAAUACCACUUGUAGAUACCAACAAAAUCCAGAAGCUUGUGUUGCUGUGCACUGUGUCGCUGGUCUCGGCCGUGCACCCGUUUUGGUAGCCUUGGCUCUUAUUGAAUUGGGUUUAAAAUACGAGGCAGCUGUAGAAAUGAUAAGAGACAAACGACGAGGAGCCAUUAAUGCCAAACAAUUAUCAUAUUUGGAACGUUACAAGCCCAAAGCCAGGCUAAAGCACAAAAAUGGCCAUAAAAAUUCAUGUUGCGUGCAAUAGAUUUCCAAAAACCAUAUAAAUUCCCACCAGUUGAAAAGUGUUCAUUUUUUAAUUUAAAAGAAAAAAAAAGAAAAAAAUACAAAAAUAACUUAAUUGAUGCAGAUUGAUGAUUGAUUAAAUAAAUAAUUGUAAAACAAGAGAAAAAUAUUAUAAUGAUGAUGAUGGCAACAAAAAAAAUGUAAACAACAUACAACCAACCAACAAAGUAAACUUUAAAACAAACAAAACAAAAAAAAAACAAUUUAAAUUUAAAUGAAUUUUUGUAAAUUUUUUUUUUCUAAAACACACACACCACUUUUCCCUACCUUAACAUCCCCUCCACCACAACCAACCUGGCCCAAUUUUGUGAAAAGAUCUCUCAAAAUUUUGCCCUCAAUCCUAACUUCCUUUAAACCAUCAAUAGUUUUUAAAAAAUGCAACACUCUAUUUAAUUGAUAUGAUAUGAUUAUAUAUAUAAAUAUUUUAUUAUUAUUUUUUUAAUUAAAAGAUGUAGUUUUUAAACAACAAAA